CCAGUACGUUGAUGUAAAGCAACAAACCCUCUUCACCAGUGAAGACUACAAGGCAGCAAGAAGAGGUUGUCCCAAAAAAGGUGCUUAAGUGGUAACUGGGUAUCUUGUUAGCAGAACAGAAAUGAAUAACUCAACGUACAUAAACUCUUCCACUGAAAAUGUGAUGGCUUUGGAGAGCCCCUAUAAAACUAUUGAGGUGGUCUUCAUCGUCCUGGUAACAGGGUCUCUCAGUCUAGUCACCAUAAUUGGGAACAUCCUGGUCAUGGUGUCAAUCAAAGUCAACAGGCACCUACAGACUGUCAACAACUAUUUCCUGUUCAGCUUGGCCUGUGCUGACUUGAUCAUCGGCAUCUUUUCAAUGAACCUGUACACUCUCUACACUGUGAUAGGCUACUGGCCCUUAGGGCCUGUGGUGUGUGACCUCUGGCUGGCUCUUGACUAUGUGGUCAGCAACGCCUCUGUGAUGAACCUCCUCAUUAUCAGCUUUGACAGAUACUUUUGUGUCACCAAGCCUCUGACAUACCCCGUGAAGAGGACCACUAAGAUGGCAGGCAUGAUGAUCGCAGCUGCCUGGGUGCUGUCCUUCAUCCUCUGGGCCCCUGCAAUUCUCUUCUGGCAGUUCAUUGUGGGAGGAAGGACGGUCCCAGAUGGGGAUUGCUACAUCCAGUUUUUUUCCAAUCCUGCUGUCACUUUUGGCACUGCCAUCGCAGCCUUUUAUUUGCCUGUUGUCAUCAUGACUGUCCUUUACUGGCAAAUCUCUCGAGCCAGUAAGAGUCGAAUAAAGAAAGGGAAGAAGGAAGCUGCCCAAAACCAAGACACAGUUUCCCCCAGCCUAGUCCAAGGUAAAAUAGUGAAACCAAACAAUAACAACAUCCCAACCAGUGGAGACGGGUUGGAGCACAGCAAAAUUCAGAAUGGAAAAACCAGUGAGGAGACUGUGCCUGAGAACUGUGUUCAAGGGGAGAAGGAGAGCUCCAACGACUCCACCUCCGUCAGUGUGGUCGCUUCCAACAUGAAAGAGGAUGAAACUACCAAAGAUGCCAACCAGGCUUCUGCCUCCCAAGACCAUCUCAAAGUGGAGAACUCCAAGCUGACGUGCAUAAGGAUAGUCACCAAGUCCCAGAAGGGUGACUGCUGUGCUCCUACCAACACUACCGUGGAGAUCGUAGGCACGAAUGGGGAGGAGAAGCAGAAUAGCGUAGCCCGGAAAAUUGUCAAGAUGACAAAGCAGCCAGCCAAAAAGAAACCACCUCCUUCUAGAGAGAAAAAAGUGACAAGGACUAUUUUGGCCAUCCUCCUGGCCUUCAUCAUCACCUGGACUCCAUAUAAUGUGAUGGUGCUUAUUAACAGCUUCUGCACAUCCUGCAUCCCUGGCACUGUAUGGAUCAUAGGUUACUGGCUCUGUUAUAUCAACAGCACCAUCAACCCUGCUUGUUAUGCGCUCUGCAAUGCGACUUUCAAGAAGACCUUUAAGCACCUUCUUAUGUGUCAUUACAAGAAUAUAGGAGCUACAAGGUAAAAAUAAUAAUAAAAACAGUUAUGGAAAGGGUGAAGUUCCAAAUGAAAUUAAAAACCCCAAUGCUGUAGCACUUUAUGCUCUUCUAUGGAAUGUGCAAUCCAGGAUGUUAGUGAAAAUACUGAUGAGGGGCAUCAGCUCUACCCCUGAGAACUGC